CACGUAUUGAAACCAGUCACCUUGGACCUCACAUCCUCCAAGUCAUAUACAGAAGCACGUCACAAUUAUGGUCAGACGAAUUCUUGUGUUUGGCGCCACGGGCAACCAAGGUGGUGCCGUGGCCAAACUACUCCUUCAGCACCCGAGAGACUAUCUCGUACGAGUCGUUACUCGUGACCCGAGCUCGCACGCCGCAAGAACCCUCGCAGAGCAGGGUGCUGAGCUUGUGAAGGCUGACCUGACCGACCCGCCCAGCCUCACGCCCGCAUUUGUAGGAUGCUGGGGUGUCUUUGGCGUCACCAACUUCUACGACUCGAGGAUCAAAGAUGACCCGAGCAGUGAGGAACAGCAGGGCAAGAACCUGGUCGAUGCGGCCGCGGCUGCGGGAACGGUCGAGUGUCUUCUAUGGUCGACCUUACCGAGCUCAAAGCAGAUAUCGGGGGGCCGUUUCGUCAGCCAGAUCUACGAAGGCAAGCACCAAGUCGACGACUACAUCCGAAGGCAGGAUUUCCCAGCUUGUUUCCUCUACACGGGAAACUUCUACGAAAACAUGAUCCUGAGAAAACACAUGCACUACGAUCCGACCAUCUCGGACACUAUAGAGUUUCGGCAGCCCAUCGUCGAGGCUGACACACAACUUGCCAUGCUCUUUGUAGAAAAGGACCUUUCGGCCAUCGCAAAGGCAGUGUUCGACCAGUGGAACUCCAAAAAGGACCAGCUGACUCACCAAUAUCUUUACUGCUGUAACUCGAGGGUUUCGCCCAACGAUAUAAUAACCUGUGUCGAGAAACUCAGCGGAAAGCCCACCACCUACAAGAGGUUGGAGUCGACGGGGUGGAAAGACAGAGAUGUGAUGUUUCAACUUUACAACGAAUGUGGUAUGUACAAUGGUAAGGAAAUCCCGGACCAGAACGUGCAGGCCCUCGGAGUGGACUUGCAUGGGAUCGAGGACUUUGUGCGCAGCCGACUGCUCCCCCACCUUGGGCUGGCCGCUAUAGGGUGUCUGUAGGGUACUCGCAUGUAAUCAGCACCAUGGAAGCUGGACCAUUCCACUCCACGGCCGACCAGGCAUGUUGUUGUAUUGCAGCUGGCACUUGUUGACUCGGGAGCUGUGUUCUUGUUGCCCUGGUGCUAGUGGGCGUCUGCGACUGUUGGACACCAGUUGACAGUACCUGAGCCCACACCCCUAACCCUGUGGGCCCCUCGCGGGCUGGG